AUGAGUCUACUCACUGGUACCUGGGGUAAUAAACACCAUGUAGUCGAUAAUGAAGUUCGGGAGCCCAAUUACCAUUAUAAAAAUAUUUUUCGACUGGUUAAAGAACGACAACCUGAGACAAAAAUUGGCAUUUUUUCAACAUGGACAGAUAAUCGUGUCAAACUCAUUGGUGAAAGAUUGCUGGUGGCAGGGAAUAUUACGUUUGAUUACAAGUUUGAUGGCUAUGAGUUAGACGAAAUCGCUUAUCCUCACGAUGUGGGAAAAUACUACAUUUACAAUAUUGAUCAACGUGUAGUCAAUGAAGCCUCAAGAUGCAUCAAAAUGAAUGCACCUGAUCUUUCGUGGGUUUAUUUAGAAUACACAGAUGAUGUGGGGCAUUUUUCUGGAGACAGCGAACAGUUAAACCAAGCAGUUACUUCUGCUGACAAGCAGAUAGGACAAAUUUCGGAAGCUAUCGAUUACCGGAUGAAAUAUUAUAAAGAAGACUGGUUAAUCAUCAUUACAACUGAUCAUGGUAGAGAUCCGAUAACAGGUCACAACCAUGGUGGACAGUCGGAGAGAGAACGAACAACUUGGAUAGUGACCAACAGUAAACAAACAAAUAUUUAUUUUCAUCAUUUUCAACCUGGAAUAGUUGACAUAUUCCCCACUAUUAUAAGAUUCAUGGGUCUUACCGUACCAGUUGAAUCUAUGAGAGAGUUGGAUGGAGUACCAUUAAUAGGACUGGUUUCACUGACUAAACCUGAAAUAAAUUUAAACGGUGAUCGUUUAGAAGUUAGCUGGAGAGUUUUAGAUUAUAAUGGACAUGUUAAAAUAUGGCUGUCAACAACAAAUUUAUUCCAGUACGGUUUGACAGACAAGUAUCACUUGAUCAGAAUAAUACCAGUAGACAAGAAAAUGGCAGUAAUUGAUAUAAAGGCAUAUCCAUCACAAUUCUAUAAAAUAGUGUUACAAGGGCAGCAUAACACAGUGAACAGAUGGAUAUUUAGAUGA